AUGACUGGGAGUAAAGUGUGUAUCGUGGGUUCUGGGAACUGGGGUUCAGCGAUCGCUAAGAUCAUCGGUCACAAUGUGAAAGCGUCCAAUCGUUUUGAUCCUCUGGUGAAGAUGUGGGUUUAUGAAGAGAUGAUUGAUGGACGAAAACUCACCGAGAUCAUCAACACAGAUCAUGAGAACGUCAAAUAUCUGCCCGGACACAAACUGCCCAAAAACGUGGUGGCUGUUCCUGACAUCACAGAGGCCGUGAGUGGAGCAGACUUUCUGGUCUUCGUCAUUCCUCAUCAGUUCAUUGGGAAACUGUGUGAUCAGAUAAAACCUCAAGUCAAACCCGGAGCCAUCGGGAUCUCACUCAUUAAAGGUAUAGAUGAGGGUCCGGAUGGGUUGACCCUGAUCUCUGACAUCAUCAGGUCAAAGCUGGACAUCGAGGUCUGUGUUCUGAUGGGGGCAAACAUCGCCAGUGAGGUGGCAGACGAGAAGUUCUGUGAGACAACCAUCGGAGCCACUAAUGAACCCAACGGUAAGAUCUUUAAAGAGCUUCUGCAAACUCUAAACUUCCGCAUCACUGUCGUGAAAGAGUGCGACACUGUGGAGCUCUGUGGAGCACUGAAGAACAUCGUGGCGGUGGGCGCUGGUUUCUGUGACGGUUUGGGUUUUGGUGAUAACACUAAAGCUGCAGUGAUCAGACUGGGACUCAUGGAGAUGGUGACGUUUUCGAAACUCUUCUGCAAGAGCGCCGUCACCUCCGCCACAUUCCUGGAGAGCUGCGGCGUCGCUGACCUCAUCACCACCUGCUACGGCGGACGCAACCGGCGUGUGGCCGAGGCAUUCGCUCGCACGCAGAAGUCAAUAGCAGAACUGGAGGCAGAGAUGUUAAAUGGCCAGAAGCUUCAGGGUCCUCAAACAUCAGCAGAAGUUUAUAAGAUCCUUCAGAAGAAACACAUGGUGGACAAGUUUCCUCUGUUCGUAUCAGUGUAUCAGAUCUGUUUCGAGGGCCGUCAGGUGAAAGAGUUUAUCAGCUGUCUUCAGAAUCAUCCAGAACACAUGUGA